AUGGGCCUGAACAUGACAUCUGGUUAUUUGCUUUUGGCAGCAGCGGUCCUCCUGUCUUCCAAUGCUCUACUUCUCAAUGUAACGACGGACGAAGUGGAAAUAGGGAAAACAAAAAACGUUUCCUUAGAAUGCAUCGAUAAUCAUAUCCAACCUUACAUCUCUGAAGUCCUCAUGAUUAGAAUUCUGAAAAAAGACCUCGUUGGGUGGAGUAGUUUUGCAGAACUUCGUGACAGAGAUACAGAAGUAACGCCAAAACGUAAGGAUGUACUCGCCACGGCCAACACGUCUUCCAUUGCUACAAGUUUUCUUCGGCUCACGUGGCCUGUGGCGACUGACGAUAUCAUUGGCCAAUACAGAUGUGAUGUAAUUAGUUUGACUUCCCGGGGGAGUGUCAGCUGGCAAAAAACCCUACCAACCUUGAUCUCUCAGAAGAGUGACGUCACAUUGAUGAUCCUAAACAAAAUAGUGGAGGAGAACAAAAAGGAUUACCUCCAGCAACUGCAAUCUCUGAAGGAAACCAUUUUGGAAAACGUAACCACCACUGCAGAUGAAAACAAAAGACAUUGUAUGCAGCAAAAAGAUGACAUUCUACGAAAUGUCACUGCGAUCGUCGAGUCUCUUGGAGUGAGUUUUGAGGACCAGCUAAAGGUUCUGAGCAAGACAGUAGACCAGAACAAGAGGGAGUGUCCACACCAAAUGCUUUCCCAGAAACGCCAGAUCCUGGAGAACGUGGAGGCGAUCAUGGAGCAGAGCAAACGAGAGUUUAUCCAACAGGAAGAACGUAUUCUUGGCAACGUCACGGCGACCGCUGAAAAGAACAAAGAAGACUUUGUACGACAGGAAGAACGCAUUCUUAGCAACGUCUCGUCGAUCGUCGAAAAGAACAAAGAAGAGCUUGUGAAACAGACAACAGAAAUUCUUGCUAACGUCACAGCGAUCGUCGAGGCCCUAGAAGCGGGUUUUGAGCGCAAGCUGAGUGAUAUGAAAAGUCAGCUACAACAGCCGCAAUCUUGUGCUGAUGUCACGGGCCUGGGUCAUCGACCAGUUGUCUCUAACGGCAUGGAGGUCGUCUGCGACACCAUAACCGACAACGGUGGCUGGAUUGUGAUUCAGAGACGUGCUUCAGCGGACGUAGAUUUUUUUCGUGGUUGGGCAGACUACAAGAACGGAUUCGGCGACCGGACUGGCAAUUUCUGGUUUGGGUUGGAGAAAAUCCACCAGCUGACAAAUCAGGGGAAAUACGAGCUCAGGAUAGACAUGAAAUACAAAGGGAAAGACUACCACGCCACCUAUAACAACUUUUUACUUCACGGAGAAUCUGAAAAUUACAAACUUCAGAUAUCCGGAUUUUCGGGUAAUGUACAGGACAACAUGAAGUAUAACAAUGGCGCACGUUUCUCAACCAAAGACCGUGAUUCAAACAAUUGCGCCAAAAAUGACCUCGGAGCUUAG